AUGUCGUAUUUUCAAUUGAUCAAUGUAUUGAUUAUACUUGGAUCAAUAAAUUAUUCAUAUGAAUUUAAUAUAGGAAAUGAAAAUCUAGCGCGUUAUAUACGAGAUGCUAGUUUUAAAAGUGAUACACAAGCUUUGUUAAAUAACGUUUUUGCUGAUCAAAAACAAUUGGAAGACAAAAUUAAAGAAGCGAUUCGAAAAGACGACGAUGCCAUAAAGAGCAUAACUCACGCUAUUAUGCUAGCUGCUGAUAAAAUGGCUGAAGCUGGUUCGCAAGAUAUUCAAUCUGCUCAACAAUGGACUACUAUCAAAACUGAACUUCGUCAAGGCAUUAAUAUAAUUAUUAGUGCUUACCGAAGAUAUAUUAAUUUACAUCGAGAUAUAUGCGAAGCCAUUGAGAAUUUUACACAAAGUAUGAUUAGUAAAUAUGAAGAUGAACUUUCAACAAUUGACGAAAUGACGGUACCGACUUUAGCAAAUAAUACUGUAGAUACAAGUAGCGCGGCCUGGGCUAGAUUCAUGGCUAGAUUUAUGCAUAUGCUCAAUUAUGCAAAUGUUCAUCGACAAACUCUUCAAACUGCGACUGAUUGUACUGGGGAUUUAAUGACACACACAUUAGCUUAUCGAGCGAGGAUAAUAAGCCCGCCAGCAUUGGCUUCUCGUAUGAUUAGAGUUCAACUAACCCAGCCCGAUCUUUCGCAAUAUGCUAGUCGAAGUUUUGAUCUUCCUUGUAAUGCGGUUAAUGAAUUCAAUGGCUAUCAAAGUUGUCCGUAUGCGAUUGCUGAUGCUACACAACAAUAUGCUAAUUCAAUUUGUAUGAACUAG